AGCUUUGGUAGUUGCACUGCAUUUACUCUCUCUCACACACACAGAGACACUCUUCUCAUUAAGCUCCUUCUCCUUCUUCUCCUUCUCUCCCGUGCUCCGGAAUUGCUCUAAUUUCCCCAAAUUCAUCAACCAAUCCAUCUGUUCUUCUGCUUCUCUCGAUCCCAGCAUGAGUUUCUUCACAGAUCCGUCUCUUUUUUGACUAAUUUCAGCUUAUAAAUCCCUUUUUUCAUGGCUUUUUACCUGGAAUUCGAGUUCCACGGCGUUUAGCUUCAUCGCAUUUCAAGUUCUCUAUUUGAUCCACCAUUGCUGCAGCUUCCGUGAAGGGAGAAAGGUUGAGCAUUGUUUAUGGAGGGUGAAUUGUGUUCUUCUCGCACUUUAUCACCUUGUCGAAUGGAAAGUAGUGAUGAAGAGCUUUCGGUGCUUCCUCGGCACACUAAAGUUAUUGUCACCGGGAAUAAUAGAACAAAGUCUGUUUUGGUUGGGCUCCAAGGUGUUGUCAAGAAGGCUGUUGGUCUUGGUGGUUGGCAUUGGCUGGUUCUGAAGAAUGGGGUGGAGGUGAAGUUGCAAAGGAAUGCAUUGAGUGUUUUGGAAGCCCCGACCGGAAAUGAGGAAGAUGAUGAUGACUUUGGCUGCGAAAACUCUUUCUGCAGUAGCUCGGACAUGGGAGAGAAAGAUAUUGAUUACUCUAGCAGAGAGUUCCCCCGCAAAUCAACGAAACCAAGAGCAAGACUAGCCAGGCCUUGGACAUCAUCCAUGAAGUCGAUUAACCGAAAUGGUUACAGAGAUAUUCAAUCCCAUGUUUUGAAGCCUCGAUCGAGAGUGAAUUUAUCUAAACUUGGUACUGCUGCAUUAUGGAGAUAUUGGAGGCACUUCAAUCUGGUGAGUAUAAAUCCAAAUCCAUCAAAAGAACAACUGAUUCAUGGAGUGCAGAAUCAUUUCCUAUCUCAGCAAUUGGAUGAGUUGCAGGUGAUGAUAAGCUUCAUACGCACAUCAAAGAGAUCAAAAGCUCUAUGAACUGAAAGUGUACUGAAGAAGUAGAAAGAAAAGAGAAAGACUUGUGUUAAAGUGUGUGUGAGAUUCAUGUAAAUGUAGUGUAGAAUGAAGCAAAAAUUUCUGUCAGAAAAUCAUGUUCGAUGUGUUCUGAUGAUAUUCUAACCAUGAAAUUUUUAUGCUAUGUCCUGAGUUAUCAUCAUCAUCAUUAUCAUUUUAAAUCA